AUGGCGACUCCCAAUAAUGUUACUCCCACCAACUGCAGCUGGUGGCCCAUCUCGGCGCUGGAGAACAACGCGGGGAAAUCCACGGAGGGGGAGGAAAAUCACGACCCGACAGACCCCGCUCUCAAAUCCCAGGACAGAUUGGUUUUGUACCACUGGACCCAGUCUUUCAGCUCACAAAAGGUGCGGCUGGUGAUCGCAGAGAAGGGGCUGCCCUGCGAGGAGCGCGACGUCAGCAUGCCCCUGAUGGAGCACAAGGAGCCCUGGUUCAUGCGGCUCAACCUGGGCGAGGAGGUGCCCGUCAUCAUCCACAGGGACAACAUCAUCAGUGACUACAACCAGAUCAUCGACUACAUGGAGAAGAACUUCACGGGAGAGAACGUGCCACAGCUGAUCCCCGAGCCGGGCAGCCUGCUGCACUCGCGGGUGCUGCAGUACCGGGAGCUGCUGGACUCACUGCCCAUGGACGCCUACACGCACGGCUGCAUCCUGCACCCCGAGCUCACCACCGACUCCAUGAUCCCAAAGUACGCCACCACUGAGAUCCGCAGACAUUUAGCUAAUGCCACCACAGAUCUGAUGAAGCUGGACCAUGAAGAGGAGCCACAGCUAUCUGAGCCUUACCUCUCCAAGCAGAAGAAGCUCAUGGCCAAGAUCCUGGAGCACGAUAAUGUGAAUUACUUGAAGAAGAUCCUUGGAGAACUUGGGAUGGUGCUAGACCAGAUUGAGGCUGAGCUGGAGAAAAGGAAAUUGGAGUACCAAGGGCAGAAGUGUGAACUUUGGCUCUGCGGAUGCGUCUUUACUUUGGCUGAUGUCUUGUUAGGAGCCACCCUGCACCGCCUCAAGUUUCUGGGACUCUCUAAGAAAUACUGGGAAGAUGGCAGCAGACCUAACCUACAGUCCUUCUUUGACAGGAUACAGAAACGCUUUGCCUUCAGGAAAGUUUUGGGAGACAUCCACACCACGCUCCUCUCUGCAGUGGUACCCAAUGCCUUCAGGCUGGUCAAGAGGAAACCUCCCUCCUUCCUUGGAGCCUCCUUCCUGAUGGGAUCUCUGGGGGGAAUGGGAUAUUUUGCUUAUUGGUACUUAAAGAAAAAAUACAUCUAG